CACAAUGCACACACACAGACACACACGCAUGCAUGCACGCACGCAAGCAAGCACGCACGCACAGUCCUCUCACACCACUCUUCAGCCAGCAGUAGAAGAGACCCCGUGCCUGAAGCAGCAGGGACAAGAUGUCUGCUCCAACUUUUGCAGCAAACAUAAAGUCCAACAUGGAGCGGGGCAUGAAUAUGAAAGAUGAGGAGAAGCUUUACAAGAGAAAUGGGAUCCUCUACUCCACAAUCAUGAGCCCACCGGAGAACCUAGAUGCAUUAAAGGACCUGGAGGCCAGGGAGGAUGAUGUCAUGCUGGUGGCAUAUCCCAAAUGUGGCUGUAACUGGAUGGUGGGAGUGUUGAGGAAAAUUAUGACUACAUGUGGAUACACACUCCCUGAAAGGCCCCCACUGAUCGAGUUCCACUCACCAGAUGCACAGAAGAUUGUAGCCCAGAUGCCAUCACGGCGUUUUUUUGCAACUCAUUUGAACCCAAGUGACAUCCCUGUUUCAUUUAAGACUAAUAAAACAAAGAUGUUGGUGGUGUUUCGAAACCCCAAAGACACUGCCGUCUCUUAUUACCAUUUCAUGAACAACAACCCAGUGCUGCCCAAUGCUGAGUCCUGGGACAAAUUCUUCUCCGACUUCAUGUCUGGUGAAGUGGGCUGGGGUUCAUAUUUUGACCACGCCCUGGGCUGGGAGAAACACAUGGAUGACCCUAAUGUGUUAAUUGUCACUUAUGAGGAACUAAAGGAGAACCUACUUGAGGGUGUAAAGAAAAUCACAGACUUCUUCAGCUUCUCUCUGACAGAUGAACAGGUCAAGGUGAUUGCCGGAGAGAGCACAUUCACUGCCAUGCAGUCGAGCUCUAAAACUUCUCAUGGAAAGUUUGGCAAUGUCUUUUUCCGGAAAGGUGAGGUAGGAGACUGGAAGAAUCACUUCAGCGAGGCUCAGAGUAAGCAGAUGGAUGAAGAGUUCAAGAAGAAACUAACAGGAACCAAACUGGGAGCCAAGCUUAAAUACGAGCAGUACUGUCAGUAAUCUGAAAUAUUAAACACUGUGAAACAGGGCUGUUUUUGUUUUAAAACUCUUUUCUAAACAGUGAUUUUUAGGCAUAAACAAUUAAUACAUUGCACUUUGAGCUCAUAUACAGUACAUUACCUAAUUUAACUCCAACAUACUGUGUGACUUAGAACGGUCAAUAUUCUAAUAUUUAUGUACCUGACUGUAUAUAAUACGGGAAUCACCUCCCGACCACCUCUGGGCAGUGGUGGCUCAAUGGUUAAGGCUCUGGGUUACUAAUCAGAUUGGGGGUUCAAUCCCCAGCACUGCCAAGCUGCCACUGUUGGGCCACUGAGCAAGGCCCUUAAAUCCAAGAUGGCUGAUGGUGACAGAUGCAGCACAUCUCAGACAUUUUCUCCACAAAUACUCUAAUCAAAUAAAAAAGACUCUAACAAAGAUGACAUCUAAAUAAUAACUGUAUUUGUGUAUAAGAUACAAUUUACUUUAUUGUCACUGCACAGACAAUAAAAUUUAGUAUUCUGUAAAUAUACCAAUCAGCAAUAACAUUAAAACCACCUGCCCAAUAUUGUGUAGAUCCCCCUUGUGCUGCCAAAACAACUCUGACCUGUCGAGGCAUGGACUACACGAGUCCUCUGAAGGUGUGCUGUAGUACCUGGCACCAAAACAUUAGCAGCAGAUCCUUUAAGUCCUGUAAGUUGCAUGGUGGGGCCUCCAUGGAUCAGACUUGUUUGUCCAGCACAUCACACAGAUGCUUGAUCAGAUUGGGAUCUGGGGAAUUAGGAGGCCAAAUCAACACACUGAACUCUUAGUCAUGCUCUGCAACCCAUUCCUGGACAAUUUUUGCAGUGUGGCAGGGUGCAUUAUCCUGCUGAAAAGACCACUGCCAUUAAGAAUACCGUUGCCAUGAAGGGGUGUACUUGGUCUGCAGCAAUGUUUAGGUAGGUGGUACUUGUCAGAUGGCCAGCGCAUCACACUGACUCCGGUGGCUUGCCUUCUUCCCAUAGUGCAUCCCCAGGUAAGCGACACACAUGCACCUGGCUGUCCACAUGAUGUAAAAGAAAAUGUGAUUCAUCAGACCAAGCAACAUUCUUCCGUUGCUCCAUGGUCCUGUUCUGAUGCUCAUAUGCCCAUUGUAGGCUCUGUUGGCGGUGGACAGGGGUCAGUAUAGGCACUCUGACUGGUCUGCAGCAAAGCAGCCCCAUAUGCAGCAAACUGCAAUGCUCUGUGUGUUCUCACACCUUUCUAUCAUAGCCAGUGUUAAUCUUUUUCAGCAAUUUGUGUUAACAGUAGCCCUUCUGUGGGAUCGGACCAGACGGGCUAGCCUUCGCUCUCCAAGCGCAUCAGUCAGCCUUGGGUGCUCAUGACCCUGUCACCGGUUCACUGGUUGUCCUUCCUUGGACUACUUUUGGUAGGUACUAACCACUACAUAUCGGGAACAUCCCACAAGACCUGCCGUUUUGGAGAUGCUCUGACCCAGUCGUCUAGCCCUUCAAUUUGUCUAGCCCCGUCAAUCUGUCUAGCCCAGUCGUCUGGCCCCGUCAAUGUGGCCCUUGUCAAAGUUACUCAGAUCCUUAAGCUUGCCCAUUUUUCCUGCUUCCAAUACAUCAACUUCAAGAACUGACUGUUCACUUGCUGUCUAAUAUAUCCCACCCCUUGACAGGUGCCAAUGUAACCUGAUAAUUAAUGAUUACCUGUCAGUGGUUUUAAUGUUAUGGCGAAUCAGCAACAAUUUUGUGUAAUAUUUUAGACCUAAGCAGUAGCAGUACCCUUUUUUUAAACCCAAUUUUACCUCUACUUUUAUUUUUAAUAUAGGAGGUAUAUAUUUUGCAUGCCAUUUUCUGACUAAUAAACUCAUCUAAACUUUG